GCCAUGUCUUGCGUCAACGACGAAAACUUCGUCGCUGUCGCGCUCGUCAUCAACCGGUCGCGCGAUGGGCCGGCCUUUGUCUUCCACUAUCCGUCUCAUGUCCCCGCCCUCUCAAGCGGUCUCGACAAGUCGGACACCAUAGACGUCGAGGACAUCCUGUUUGAGCGGCUGUUACAACCUGGCAGCACCGAGGCACCUCCCGAUCUCGCCGAGAACCAGGGUGUUCGUGAUGAUCAUUAUAUGACCGAGUCGGGAAUCCAGGUCGUUCCCUGGGAGCAUGUAGCCGGCUUUCCAUCCCGUGAUCUUGCAGGAAUCUUGACCCCGGCGAGGUCCUAUCAUAAGAAGCUCUUCCAGCUUUCUCUUGACCCGCUCCUCUGUGUCUCUUACCCUAUCCACGUACCUGAAAAUGGGAAAUGGAAAAAGACAAAAAAGGCCAACAAGGCAAAGGCCAACAAGGACGCUGAUGAGGGUAUUGCACCAGACGAGCCCAACCCCCUGCCUAUAAUCAAAACCGAGCCAUGUAAAGAAAAGACCAAGGAAGGCAAGAAGGACGAUGCAGACGAAGAGAAGCGCAGCUCAAUGACCAUGUUCAACCUCGUCUUCUUUCUCAACCCCAAGAAGCAUGAAACCAAGGAGCUCAUCGACUCGCUAUAUUCGAAUAUCGUGAAAAAGGUCAACAAAGCAUAUCAGUAUAGUCAGCAGCAUAGCGAGUUUGUCUGGAAAGAAUCUAAACGUAUCUUGCUCGCAAAGGAUAGGGCUCGUGAAGAUCAGAAGAAGAUGAGCGUCUUGUGGAAAGAACUUAUCCAAAACUCUUCGCUAGCAGCUUCAAUGUGUGAAAUAUACAACGCCAUCUCUCAGAACAGGAUUGCAACUUUGCAUCUCGAUACUGUGGACGGCAUCCUAACUCCGUCAGUCCAGAUUCCGGCCCCCUUUUUCGUUUCGGAUCUUCCCGCAGAAGACGAUGAGAGACAUCGUGGCCUCUGGCUCACAACAGCCAACGCUUUCUUGAGCCAAGAUGCACUUGAGGAGCCCGGAUUCCUGGACCGCAACUUUGCACUCUUGCUCAUGGAUGAUGAAAAAAAGAUUGUCUCUGAGCUGCAGAGUGACCGUGAUCCCACCACUCAGUCUAUGGUUGAGUUUGUGCGCCUCGCAAAACCACAAAUGUCCUUCUAUCAAGUUGGCCAAAGCAACCUCCUCACUCUGGAUCAGGUCCGCAAGUAUGCCCAGCACUUCAUCUUCUGGCGCCGUGCCAUGGCCAUCCCUCCCCUCCACCCUCGAGACGUCUACAUCGUCUCUCCGAAUUGCGACUUGGAGAGGCUGCCACAGGAUGCCCAGGACUGGCAGAGAGCCUUCCCUCUGGCCCCGCCGCUGUCAACCUUCCUUGCCGAGCUCUCCGUGCUGCCCCGGCCCUACAAGCACAUCUCGCCCAGCAAGGCUCACCGGCCGCUGUACCUCCGCAUGCUGGCCUGGCUGAUGCGCGGCGGCUGGGUGACGCAGCUCUGCACGUUCGGCUAUGUCGUCGUAUGGCCGGAGAUCCUAUACGAGGUCGAUUACGAGAUCGAGGCGGAAGAACUCGGCCUCGCCACCUCCUCCUCCACCGACUGGGCCGAUGCUACCAGCAUCCACACCACCCAGAGCAACAGCAACCCGCAGCAGCCACAGCCUCAGACUCAAGCACCCCCCAAUGUCCCCAACCCAUCCACCCUCUCCGCGGCCGAGCACUCGGCCGAAAUGGCCCGUCUCGAGCGCAUCGCAAUGAAGGCCCACCGCGAAGCCGCCGACAAGGCCACCGCCCACGCCCGCAAGGUUGUCCCUGUCGCAACGCCAAACCCGUCCCUCAACGAUGCGCCGCACCUCGUCGGCCUCACGCCGCACAUCAUCCUCGAUCCGAAAAAGGCCGCGGGCAAGGAGUCUCGCUACCUCUCCGCCAUUGCGCGGCGGUUCAAGGACGAGAAGCUGCGGUCGGCGUGGCAGAACAUGUGUAAGUACUUUGAUGGGCGAUGUGCCCUUGAGAGGAUUGCUCUGCAGGAGGAUAUGAAGCGCAAAGAGGCUUGGGCUUUGUUAACGGCCAUG